CAAAGAUAUCCUUCGAAUAUAUGAAAAUUCUGUUAAAGCAACUAAUGUUUAAGGUGGAUGGAUUAGAAGCGGACAAGAAGCUUAGUGGUCCUUGCCACUGCAACGUGGAGGAUUCCGAUGCUAUCGAAGAGGUCUUAGGUUUGCCCCUAAAAACUGUUGCGGAAGUCCAACAACUGGAACGAUCAUUGGGACUGCCUCCUAUGCUGCAAAAACUAAAGCUAGUGCUAUUGCGCAGAGGUGAAAGAGCCCUUAGCAAUAUGGUCUACCGUAUUAUGGAAAAACUUUUUUCCGAUCAAGUUUGCGCUUCAUACACCUGGACGGGGAAAACAAAAAAAGGGGAAAGAAAAAAUUGCUUUAGUGCACUGAGGAGGAUUAAUGCAGCCAUAUUCAGUGCCGUCCGUGCCAGCUCACGUCUCCAGGUGGAGGAAACACAGGAUGAUGACGUAGAAUUCUACAUUCGUGAAUGGCUACGUCAUUCACAGGAAAAGUGUGACCGAAAAAGAAUAUCUCCAGCUGCUUACGAAGAUCCAAUGGAUCAAUAAGGUCCUAAGUCAAUUUUCAA